AUGUCGAUCCUCAUUACGGAUUCUAGUGCCUUGAAGAAGGGCGAGGCGGGAGAGUUGAGGGCGCUGCAGGUUAGAGCAUUCCGUUAUUACGCCCUGUUCUACAAGGCGUUUUUGGGAGUGGCGGCGCACACCCGUGCCACGCUGAAAGAGGCCAAGCAACGUGCUGUUGCAACCUCUGAGCUACACAACUGUUUGCUAUGCAGGUUGAUGGAGCUGCUGCCCAAAGCUUUCCCGGACCAGGCGUCAAAGUGGGAAAUUCCCAAGAUCCACAUGAUCAAGCAUCUUCUCGAGAACGUGGAAGCAAGGGGGAUGCCACACCACUACAGCACGGAGAUGUGGGAGCGCACUCACAAGGGGACAGUGAAGGGUCCCGUGAGGGGGAGCAACUGGGCUGACAUUCCGAGGAGAAUUGUGGAUGAGGAGAUGCAGCGGGAGUUUUACAGAGAAGUGGCUCUCGAUGCGGGAGGAGGUCGGCAGUACGUGUCAGCGCUGCGUGUGGCCGUGGAAGAGAUGGAGCCAGUGCUAACGAAGAAGUUCAGGGUCAUGCGCCUCGGAGGCACCGCGGACAAGGUGUUUGCCGAGUACGCAGCGGUAUUUGGGGAUCAGAUGGCGGGCCUACCAGGUCAGCUGCGGGAGAUGCAGUUGAACCCUGGCAGUGUGCAGACACACACAGCAGUGGCCAUACCACGUACGCAGGGUGGGGUGCUUGUGGCGAAGGGGACGUUCGUCAAGGCGUCCCCGCGAGAGAACCUGUUCUCAGAUGUGGCACUCCUGGCUCCUGAAGGCGGGGAUUGGUUUGCUAGAUGCCUAUGUAUUUUCAAGGCGUUGAACGCGGAGGGCAAGUGGACUGGGUGUGCCUACGUGAGUGUUCAGUUGGAGAGCGAUUCAGUGGUUGCUGCACAUGUGGAGCGCCUAAAAGGCAGCACAUGUGGUGGUGGAGAUAUGAGGUUGGUGAAGCCCCCGUUGAAGGACAUCGUACAGAAGCUGAAAGUGCUCCCCGACGAUGUGUUUCUGUUUGUGGAGAUACCGUUUAUGCCCAGCCGGUUGCCGAAGACCAAGAUACCGGGGAGGAACGGAACCCCGUGCGACCGGAUCAUAAGUGUCGGCUUCUUGUACAAUGCGACGGGGACCUGCACCACGGUGCCCCUUGUGGUGUUGCGCCAUGACGAGCGCCCCGAACCUAGGCGCAGCGGGGAUCCUGCACCGGCGGUGAUUGUGCGCUACACGAAGAGUGGGCGCCUCACACCCGAGGUGUUUACCGAGUUUUUUCAGACGGUUGAUGGGGUGCAGCUUAGCCGUGGAAGGAAGACGGUUGUGUUCACCUACAACACGGCGCACCGCAUUACCGCGAAUGACGCGGAGACCACGGUGGAGCAUGGGCUGACUAUGGUGCAUUUCACGCACACACGCUUUGUGGACCUGACAGACGUUGUGCACUGGUCCAGUAUGCCGUUUUUGCACGGCGUGGUGGACGCUUUCAAGGCUGAGUAUCGUGUGAUACUGAUGAGACGCGCGGUGCGGUCCAAUCUGUUCCACGAGGAUUUCGAAGCGCCGUUUUCCCUGGUGAAUUACGGUGUUAUGCUGCUGUGGGUGGGCUUGGCAUGGAAGGCGCUGACGGCGGCAACGAUGCAAAGGAGCUGGUGGAGGGCGGGAUGCGUCCCGGAGUCAUGGUGGGAGCUGAUGUGGCACCUGCACGGCAUGUACUCGGCCGGCAUGUACGAUCCCCUGGUCUCUACCACGGCGGACCUCCUGGUGCUGCUACGUGAGUUCCGUGUGCGGCCGGCUAUUUAUAUGCCGGUGUCCGAUUACGUGACAUGCGAUGAGUGGUUAAUGGAGAAGGCUGGUGUGAAGUUGGUGACGCCCACGACGCCGACGUCUUCAGGGGACGAGGGCGAGAUGUGCCUGCCGGAUGGGCCUCUGAUGCGUGACGAACGAAGCCGACGACGUGCCAUCCGCAAUGUGACGAACGCGUACGUGUGUCACGCGGAGGCGCUGGGGAUUGCUCCUGCGGAGGUGGCGACUGUCGUUGGCGCCUCUGAUGGAGAGGUGGUUAGCCGCCUAAGCCGCACACCGAAGAAGCGAGCGCGCAGUUCGGGGUCGUCGGACAGUGGGUCCGUGUAG